UCCAGACUUUUUCCUGGACUCCCUUCCGGCUAGCUGUGGUGCGCUAACCCCUUCAGGCUGUGUUCACGCGGCCAACCCCAGUUCUCUGCCUGGGAUCCGACCUCCGAAGCACGAGCCUCAGCUCCCAGCCCCGCCCGCCCCGGCGGGUGCGCAGACAAGCCUCUCAGGCUGGCAUAAUGAAGGACCGGCUAGUAGAAUUUGUGGAGUUAACCAAGCGGUAUGAACAGCAGUUCCCAGACAAGGACAAUGAAUUUGACUCGCCCCCCGAGGAUAUCGUGUUCGAGACGGACCACAUCCUGGAAUCCUUGUACCGAGACAUCCAGGACCUUCAGGAGGAAAACCAGCAGCUGACUGCCGACGUGAAGCGGCUGGGAAAGCAGAACACCCGCUUCCUCACGUCCAUGCGGCGCCUCAGCAGCAUCAAGCGCGACACCAACUCGAUCGCCAAGGACAUCAAGGCCCGGGGCGAGAGCAUCCACCGCAAGCUGAGCGCCAUGAAGGCGCUGAGCGAGGACGCCGAGGCCCAGCACGGCGCGCACUCGGCCGUGGCGCGCAUCGCGCGCGCACAGUACAGCGCUCUCACCCGCCCCUUCCAGGCCGCCAUGCACGAGUACAACCAGGCCGAGAUGAAGCAGCGCGAAAACUGCAAGAUCCGCAUCCAGCGCCAGCUGGAGAUCAUGGGCAAGGACGUGUCGGGCGACCAGAUCGAGGACAUGUUCGAACAAGGCAAGUGGGACGUGUUCUCCGAGAACCUGCUGGCUGACGUGAAGGGCGCGCGGGCGGCCCUCAACGAGAUCGAGAGCCGCCACCGCGAGAUGCUGCGGCUGGAGAGCCGCAUCCGCGACCUGCACGACCUCUUCCUGCAGAUGGCCAUGCUGGUGGAGCAGCAGGCGGACACCCUGGACGUCAUCGAGCUCAACGUGCAGAAGACCCUCGACUACACCGGCCAGGCCAAGGUGCAGGUGAGCAAGGCCGUGCGGUACAAGAAGAAGAACCCCUGCCGGACCGUCUGCUGCUUCUGCUGCCCCUGCCUCAAGUAGCAGGCGGGCUCGGCCCGCCACACCCCAUCCCCGACCGGAAUGGGCCGGGAAGCACGCUGGGAAAGAUUUUGAGGCUGUCUGCACCGGGGUGAGUUGCCCUAAUCCCUAGGGACCUCAGUCUUCAGAGAAGGAAAAAACUCGAGGUCCAAGAAUUGCAGUCCAGCUCGUACUUGGAACGAGAGUUGAUCCCACCCGCUGUUUCAUCUGUAAGGACAGAUGCCUACUGAAGUUUUGUGAGGUCAUGAUAUGGCACAUAGCACCCUUGCCUCUUAAAGGAAGACAAAUAAGGAACUGACGUGGUAGCGUACUCUCCGGUAGAUGUCCAAGGCAUGUUUGUACAUGGACCUCUAGGAGGAAGUCAGCUCUGCAUCGGCUCACAGUAUGAACUCGUUAUCAAGGCUUCAUUUACCCUAUCCUGAAAGUACCUCUGUUGUGUUCAUUUUCGAGUGAACCGAUCUUGGGAAAAACUGCACAUCUUCCAUUUCUGAUUCUUCAUCUGGUUUAUGCUAUGUGAUUCCCACCUGGAUGUAUAUCUUCUUUCUGCUCACCUCCUCUACUUAUUAAAAUCACAUUUAACACUUACUAUUAUUUCCUUACCACUUUACUUUUAAUAUCUUCCAUCAGAAUGUAUUUUGGGAGUUUUUUUUCCAAAGAUUUUUAAGCACUGAGUAUUGAACAAGCACUCAAAUUGAAGUAUGUUUGUCACAUUAUAUAUAUUUUUCAUAAAUAAAAAUAAUUUAAAAUUUAUCUUUGUACUUGAUUAUUACAAACGCACAUAUCUGUAAAUGUAAACUACCAAUAUUUACUAAUGCACGUACAUAAUGACCAGUUGGUUUAACUUUACUUUUGUAAAUAUGGUAUAUAAAUAUCGAUGAAACAUUUUUACUGGUUGUUGAUGUUGGUUUGCUUGUUAUGAGUUCAUCUCACUCCCAUCUGCAUCUCCAUAGUCCAGUUUGGGUCAAAACUUUAUUUUGAACAACUCUGUGUUGGUUACUAUGGUAAAGAACAGGUGUCAAAUUCUGAAAAUGCAUACAGAACUAGAAAUAUUAAAAAACGGUCUUAGAAAUAAUUACUUUUGUUUUACUGUGGCCCAUUCUUUUCAUGCAUGGAAAUGUAGUAAUUUAAAAUAAAAUAAUUCUGGUUUUCAUGUUAGUUUAAUAAACAUUACAUUAUAAA